GUUCUGAAACCUAGCUCGGGAAAAGUGAGGGGCUCCACGUGGGGCCGGGGAGCGCUGGCGCCGAGGGAGAGGUGCAGUGUGGUAGACUCAGGGGCCUGCUCGUGCCUUUGCCGGUAAGGUGACGAAUGAGGGAGCACGUCCAUGAGGCUCCGUAUCCGUGGAUAGCGGUCCCGCGGCGGCGUCUCAGAGCCGGGCCGGGGUAAGCCCUCGAUGGUGCCCCACUGGGAGUAGCGGCUAGCAGACGCAGCUCGGGCCCGGGGGAACAUGAAUCUCUUACCGAAAAGCUCCAGGGAGUUUGGCUCCGUUGACUAUUGGGAGAAAUUCUUCCAGCAGCGAGGAAAGAAAGCUUUCGAGUGGUAUGGGACCUACCUGGAACUCUGCGGGGUGCUGCACAAAUACAUCAAACCCAGGGAGAAGGUGCUGGUGAUUGGGUGCGGCAACUCAGAGCUGAGUGAGCAGCUGUAUGACGUGGGCUAUAAGGAUAUCGUGAACAUCGACAUCAGUGAGGUUGUCAUUAAGCAAAUGAAGGAACGCAAUGCCACGCGCCGGCCCCAGAUGAGCUUCUUGAAGAUGGACAUGACGCAGAUGGAGUUUCCCAAUGCAUCAUUCCAGGUGGUGUUGGACAAGGGCACCCUGGACGCUAUCCUGACAGAUGAGGAGGAGAAGACCCUGCAGCAUGUGGACAGGAUGCUGGCUGAGGUUGGCCGUGUCCUGCAGGUGGGCGGUCGCUACCUCUGCAUCUCUCUGGCUCAGGCUCACAUCCUGAAGAAAGCAGUGGGUCACUUCUCUCGGGAGGGGUGGAUGGUGAGGGUGCACCAAGUGGCCAACAGCCAGGACCAGGUGUUGGAAGCAGAGCCUCGGUUCCCCCUGCCUGUCUUUGCCUUCAUCAUGACCAAGUUCAGGCCAACCCCUGGCUCUGCCCUUCAGAUCUUUGAGCUGUGUGCUCAGGAGCAGGGCAAGCCCACGCGGCUGGAGAGUGCCGAGCGGCUGGCGGAGGCGGUGCAGGAGCGGCAGCAGUAUGCCUGGCUGUGCAGCCAGCUGCGCCGCAAGGCCGGGCUGGGGAGUGUGUCUCUGGACUUGUGCGAUGGGGACACGGGGGAGCCACGCUACACCCUCCACGUGGUGGACAGCCCCAGUGUGAAACCAUCGAGGGACAAUCAUUUUGCCAUUUUCAUCAUCCCCCAAGGCCGGGAGACCGAGUGGCUCUUCGGCAUGGAGGAGGGCCGGAAGCAGCUGGCAGCCAGCGCAGGCUUCAGGAGGCUGGUCACAGUGGCCCUUCACCGAGGUCAGCAGUACGAAGGCAUGGACAGCAUCCAGGCUGAGCUGUCUGCCAGAGUCAUGGAGCUGGCCCCAGCUGGGAUGCCUGCACAGCAGCAGGUGCCCUUUCUGUCUGUGGGUGGGGACAUCGGGGUACGGACUGUCCAGCACCAAGACCGCAGCCCUUUGAGUGGCGACUAUGUUAUUGAAGACGUGCAAGGGGACGACAGGCGAUACUUUCGGCGGCUGAUCUUCCUCAGCAGCAGGAACGUGGUGCAGUCAGAAGCCAGAUUGCUGAAGGAGGUGUCUCACAGAGCUCAGAAGAAACGGAAAAAGGACCGGAAGAAGCAGCGGCCUGCCGAUACUGCUGAGCAUCUGCCUGCAGCCCCAGGACAGUCCAUCGAUAAGAGUUACCUGUGCUGUGAACACCACAAAGCCAUGAUCGCUGGCCUUGCCCUGCUGAGAAACCCAGAGCUGCUGCUAGAGACCCCGCUGGCAUUGUUGGUCGUAGGUCUGGGAGGGGGCAGCCUCCCCCUCUUUGUUCAUGAUCACUUCCCGGAGUCCUGCAUUGAUGCUGUGGAGAUCGACCCCUCCAUGUUGGAAGUGGCUACCCAGUGGUUUGGCUUCUCCCAGAGUGACCGGAUGAAGGUCCAUAUUGCAGAUGGCUUGGACUAUAUCACCAGCCUGGCAGGAGGAGGUGAAGCUCGGCCCCGCUACGAUGUCGUCAUGUUUGAUGUGGACAGUAAAGACCCAACACUGGGAAUGAGUUGUCCACCUGCAGCAUUUGUGGACCAGCCUUUCCUGCAGAAGGUCAAAAGCAUCCUGGCUCCUGAUGGUGUCUUUAUCCUGAACCUCGUGUGCCGAGAUACGGGACUGAAGGAGUCCGUGCUGGCUGGGCUCAAGGCCGUGUUCCCCCUCCUGUAUGUCCGGCGAAUUGAGGAUGAAGUGAAUGAGAUCCUGUUCUGUCAGCUGCACCCUGAGCAGAAACUUGCCCUGCCAGAGCUCCUGGAGAUGGCGCAGGCCUUGCAACGGGUGCUCAGGAAGCCUGGGAGGGGUUGGGAUGACACUUACAUCCUGUCAGAUAUGCUCAAGACUGUAAAGAUCGUGUGAUCUCUGAGGCCAGGCACUCUGCUCGGCUUCCUGCCCAGACUGACCCUGGACUCCUGGCCUGCCAGGGACUGAAGGAAUACAACACACAGUGGUUUUUAAGCCUUGUGUUUUUCUCUGUUUCUUACUCGGCUCCUUGUGACCCCCGGCUUGGAGAGGUCUGGGAAAGUACCUUUCUGUCGUCUUCAGCGCCACUGGGUUGAUGGGCUUUGCUUUCUACACUGAGUAGGGCUCCUUGAGACUGGGAGACAGUAGCGCACUCUGUGCCCAGAGAAGGUGGACGCAGGAUCCCUAUCCAUGUGACAGAUUUGAGAGCAUCUGCUGACUCCCUGCAGGUGGCACUGCUGCUACAGUCAUCCCCAUUUUGGGGAAUCUGCUAUUUAACAUGUUUCCUUGUCUACCCAGACUUUGUAGCCUAAGCCAU